UGACCCAGACAACUAACUCCACGGUAUAACGUUGUUUACCUUCCUUUCUUUGUUGCUUUUUACUGCUUUAUCGUCCACAUCUCUCUCUCUCUCUCUGUUUCUCUCUCCACCAUGCCUCCUCUACAGCAAACCCAAACCCACGGCUUACCACCGAAACCAAACCCAAAAGUCCUAUCCCUACUCCUUAAAGCCAUCAUAAUGGCUCUCUUAACCUCCCUCUUCUUCCUCUUCCUCGGCUUAGCCUCCGCCGCCUUACUCCUCCUCCACCUCUCUCUCUCCCACCACCGCCACCGCCACCGCCGCGGCUCUUCUCUCUCCCUUGCCACCGCCGCGCCUUCCUCUGGCCUUUCCCCUACAGUUCUCGACGCCCUCCCCCGCUUCCUAUUAAAACGCACCCAACCCCACCGCCGCAACAACAGCAACAGCAACAGCAACAGCAGCGACGUCGUUCUUGGAGGAGACGAUGAUUGCGUGGUCUGCCUUGACGCUUUCAAAGACGCCCAGUGGUGUAGAAAGCUCUCCGCUUGUGGUCACGUGUUCCACAUGAGGUGUGUUGACUCUUGGCUUGCCAAGGUCGCUGCUUGUCCUAUUUGCCGUGCACCUGUUCGAUCAAAUGCCUCAAGGACGGGUUCUUCUGUUGUGAGUUUGGAGGAAGAGGAAAAAAAUAUCUGGGGUGUUUGGUAGAAGAUGCUGAUUUUCAGGGGUUUUGUUAGCCUUGUAAUUAUUGUCUUACUAAAUAUUUUCAUUCCAUCAGCUUUAAUCAACUCACUUAUUCUUGCUGAUGCCUUUGUCACUCUCUUUUGCAUAUGGACAAAUCAUCUUACAAGACCAACUCUAAUGGCCCAACCAUAGCAUGGUUAGAGAAAGAAUGUCUUCUUUGGAAGCCUUAUGUUAGGGCGAAGCCCAGGAUUAAGUGUCCAUGGUAGUUAAUUAGGUUUUUGUAUUUUAUUUGGUUAUUCUAGAGUGAAGGUAUUUUGGUAAUUCUACAAUUGUUCUGUAUGGGCCAUGGAUUUUCUUCUAUUAAUUAAGUCUUAUGUAGUUUAUGGGUCUUUAUGUAUGGGAUUUGGUUUAAUUCAAUUUGGGUUUGGUUUACUAGUCGAAAUAGAAGUCCUAGUUCUACUGGGAGGAGUCAAGAGUAUGGUCUAUGUAAGUGUAUUGUACUCAAACCAGUUAGAGUUGAUUAAUAAAAUUAUUGUGUUUUGAAAA